AUGGCUCACGCAGCCCAGCACAUCACCUCGCCCGAGGAGCUCGAGGCCCUCCUCUCGUCAACCACCUACGUCGUGGUCGACUUCUUCGCCGACUGGUGCCCGCCCUGCCGAACCAUCGCCCCCAUCUUCGAAUCCCUGGCCGCCAAGCACAGCAAGUCGGGCUACUUGGCGUUUGCCAAGGUCAACGUCGACCACGUCCAGGCCGUGGCCCAAAAGUACCGCAUCUCGGCGAUGCCCACGUUUUUGUUCUUCAAGGAGGGCAAGCAGGUUGCCGUCAAUGGCCAGUCCAUGAUUCAGGGCGUUGACCCCAAAUCUCUAGGGGCCGCCGCGGAGAAGCUGGCUGGUUUGGCGGCCCAGAGGGCUGAGGAGGCCCAAAAGGCAUAA